GGCCCGGGGUACACGAGACGGCGGAGGCGGCCCAGGGCCUUGCUGCCGCCAUGACAGAGGAGUCGGAGGAGACAGUCCUGUACAUUGAGCACCGCUAUGUUUGCUCUGAAUGCAACCAGCUCUAUGGAUCCCUGGAGGAGGUGCUGGUGCACCAGAACUCCCACGUGCCCCAGCAGCACUUCGAGUUGGUGGGUGUGGCUGACCCUGGCGUUACUGUGGCCACAGAGGCCUCCACGGGCUCGGGCCUCUACCAGACCCUCGUUCAGGAGAGCCAGUACCAGUGCCUGGAGUGUGGGCAGCUCCUCAUGUCACCUAGCCAGCUCCUGGAGCAUCAAGAGCUGCAUCUGAAGAUGAUGGCGCCCCAGGAGGCAGUGCCAGCCGAGCCACCCCCCAAGGCCCCAGCCCUGAGCUCCAGCACCAUCCACUACGAGUGUGUGGACUGCAAGGCUCUCUUUGCCAACCAGGAGCUGUGGCUGAGCCACAGGCAGACACACCUCCGAGCUACACCCACCAAGUCCCCAGCCCCCGUUGUCCUGGGUUCCCCAGUUGUCCUAGUGCCCCCUGUGGGCCAGGCUCGUGUGGCUGUGGAGCACUCCUACCGAAAGGCAGAAGAAGGUGGGGAAGGGGCGGCCGUCCCCUCUGCUGCCGCUACCACCACCGAGGUUGUGACUGAGGUGGAGCUGCUCCUGUACAAGUGCUCUGAGUGCUCCCAGCUCUUCCAGCUGCCAGCCGACUUCCUCGAGCACCAGGCCACCCACUUCCCGGCUCCUGCCCCCGAGUCUGAGGAGCCGGCCAUAAAACAAGAGACUGUGGUGGCCGCAACACCCAUAGAGGUGCCUGUGACUCAGCCUGAUCCCCUGCCAGCCUCAGACCACAGUUACGAGCUGCGUAACGGUGAAGCCAUCGGGCGUGAUCGCCGAGGGCGCAGGACCCGGAGGAGCAAUAGCGGGGAGUCGGCAGGGGCCGCUGCCCAGGAACUUUUUUGCUCAGCCUGUGACCAGCUCUUUUUGUCACCUCAUCAGCUGCAGCAGCAUCUGCGCAGUCAUCGGGAGGGUGUUUUCAAGUGUCCACUGUGCAGUCGUGUCUUCCCCAGCCCCUCUAGUCUGGACCAGCACCUUGGGGACCAUAGCAGCGAGUCGCACUUCCUGUGUGUGGACUGUGGCCUGGCUUUUGGCACAGAGGCCCUCCUCCUCGCCCACCGGCGAGCCCACACCCCAAAUCCACUGCAUUCAUGUCCAUGUGGAAAGACCUUCGUCAAUCUCACCAAGUUCCUCUAUCACCGGCGUACCCAUGGGGCAGGGGGCGUCCCUCUGCCGUCAACUCCAGUUCCCCCAGAGGAGCCUGUCAUUGGUCUACCAGAGCCGGCCCCAGCGGAGACUGGUGAGCCAGCAGCACCUGAGCCCCCCGUGUCCGAGGAAAGCUCAGCAGAGCCCCCAACCCCGGGCACCUAUCGCUGCCUCCUGUGCAGCCGGGAGUUUGGCAAAGCCCUGCAGUUGACCCGACACCAGCGUUUUGUCCACCGACUAGAGCGGCGCCACAAAUGUGGGAUCUGCGGCAAGAUGUUCAAGAAGAAGUCUCACGUGCGCAACCACCUUCGCACACACACGGGGGAGCGGCCCUUCUCCUGCCCUGACUGCUCCAAGCCCUUCAACUCCCCAGCCAAUCUGGCCCGCCACCGACUCACACACACGGGGGAGCGGCCCUACCGCUGCGGUGACUGUGGCAAAGCCUUCACGCAGAGCUCCACGCUGAGGCAGCACCGCCUGGUGCACGCCCAGCAUUUCCCCUACCGCUGCCAGGAGUGCGGGGUGCGCUUCCACCGGCCCUACCGCCUGCUCAUGCACCGCUACCACCACACGGGCGAGUAUCCCUACAAGUGCCGCGAGUGCCCCCGCUCCUUCCUGCUGCGAAGGCUGCUGGAGGUGCAUCAACUGGUGGUCCAUGCUGGGCGCCAGCCCUUCCGGUGCUCCUCCUGCGGGGCUGCCUUUCCCUCCUCGCUGAGGCUGCGGGAGCACCGCUGUGCCGCUGCUGCCACCCAGGCACCCAGGCGCUUUGAGUGUGGCACCUGUGGCAAGAAGGUGGGCUCGGCGGCCCGGCUUCAGGCCCAUGAGGCAGCCCAUGCAGCCGCUGGGCCCGGAGAGGUGUUAGCUAAGGAGCCCCCGGCCCCCCGAGCCCCACGGGCCACACGCAUGCCAGUCACCCCCCCAACAGCUCUGGGAGGUCCUGCUGCCACGGCCCCCUCAGCCCCUGCUCGCCGCCGGGGUCUGGAGUGCAGCGAGUGCAAGAAGCUGUUCAGCACAGAGACAUCGUUGCAGGUGCACCGGCGCAUCCACACGGGUGAGCGGCCCUACCCUUGCCCAGAUUGUGGCAAGGCCUUCCGGCAGAGUACCCACCUAAAGGACCACCGACGCCUGCACACUGGUGAGCGGCCCUUUGCCUGUGAAGUGUGUGGCAAAGCCUUCGCCAUUUCCAUGCGCCUGGCAGAACACCGCCGCAUCCACACAGGAGAGCGGCCCUAUUCCUGUCCCGACUGUGGCAAGAGCUACCGCUCCUUCUCCAACCUCUGGAAGCACCGCAAGACUCAUCAGCAGCAGCACCAGGCAGCCGUGCGGCAGCAGCUGGCAGAAGCCGAGGCUGCCGUGGGCCUGGCUGUGAUGGAGACUGCAGUGGAGGCCCUGCCCCUGGUAGAGGCCAUCGAGAUCUACCCCCUGGCUGAGGCCGAGGGUGUCCAGAUAAGUGGCUGACUUGGACCCUUUUCCUGUUCAGCAUCCUCAUGUCCUGAUACUGGAGAUCCUCUUCCCAAAUCCCUUUAAUCUCUGUACAUAGUGUGCCCUCCCUCUCAACCAUCGUGUAGUAAGGUCUGUAACUGGAUUUCUUUUCUUGGGGUGCUUUGAGAUCCUUGAUCUGCACAAAGCUUCCCCCCGAGCUCCCUACUUGCCACCAGUUAGCCCUGGUGGCCACAGGGUGCAGCUAUCGAUAAAUAAAGACCGAGUUG